AUGCCUUGGCCAUUUUCCGAGUCUAUAAAGAAGCGGGCAUGCAGAUACCUUUUGCAUCGGUAUUUGGGCAAUUUCCUACAAGAGAAGCUGAGUUUAGAUCAGCUUAGCUUAGACCUCUAUCAAGGCACUGGAUCACUGGCACACGUGCCUUUGGACAAGUGGGUAAGUUCAACCUUUGUUGUGUAAACAAAUAAUAGCAAUGGCAUAAUUGGAUUUGUAUUGACAUAAAUGCUGAAAGUGUACCUUUGCCUGAGCGCUAUUUCUUCCCCCUCAGUCUUUGAAUGAGAUCUUGGAGUCAGUGGAUGCCCCCUUUGAGGUAAUAGAGGGCUUCAUCCAGACCAUCUCUCUGACCGUACCAUGGGCUUCCCUGCUGCAGGAGAACUGUGCCCUCGAGGUCAAGGGACUGGAGAUGGUGUUCAGACCCAGGCCACGCAUGGGUAAGAGGACACCUCCAUCUCUGUUUGUCUCUUCAGCAUCAUUGCACUAUGGCUGCCUGCUACUAGUGCACACAUAGCUAACUAGCUAAUGAUUCUACAUCGAUUACAGAUUGAAUAAAUCAUGUUGACCAUGACUGUUUCUCCCUGUGUGCCCCUAGCAUCAGGUAUGGAACCCAUGUACUGGUCCAGCUUCAUGACGAGCAGCAUGCAGCUUGCCAAAGAGUGUCUGAGCCAGAGACUAACGGAUGACUUGGGGGAGAGCUUUCAGCCACUAGAGGGAUUGGAGAAGUUUGCAGAGACCAUAGAGACAGGUGCAGUACAUAAUUACCAUACAAUAAGUCAACACUUGAUUGGGCCUUCUUCCUGAGGAUCAGUAGGGUUGAUUUAUGAUUUUUAUUUCAUUUCUGUAGUUCUGAGAAGAGUCAAGGUGACUUUUUUGGACACGGUUCUCAGAAUAGAACAUGUUCCAGAAAAUUCCAAAACAGGAAUCGCUCUUGAGAUGCGAAUCAACAAGUAAGUUAGGUUAUAACAACUACUUGCACAUUCAAGUAGUGUCCAAUAACUUUUACUUAGGUAUUCCUGAUUUGAUUGAGCAAUUUACAGAGCUUUACAUGAGCUCUUAAAUCCUUAUCUGUUUUGUGUUUUUCAGGAUUGUUUACUGUGAUGAGACGGGUGAGGAGAGCUCCAGUGUGAAUGUGCACCAGCCCACCACGUUUGCACAUAAAAACCUGCAACUGGAGGGAGUCACCGUCUUCUGGGAUGAGUUCUCAGAGGCAGCCAGAGCUGGCUUCAAGUCCUCACCCAUCCCAGCAGUGAGUCUACAUCCAAAUCAUCUCCUGUGUAGUUUUAAGCACAGAUAACUGAUACUCACUCACUCUUCCCUUUUCUGCACCCCCUCAGGAGACAGAGGCCAAGCUAUCCCCCAGCUGGAACCCCAGAAUAAUCUGUGAGCCACACCCCCAGUUCACAGAGCCUGUUUCCUCUGCAACGCCCUUUGAACCCAUGCAGAUUGGUCACCUUAGUGGCAGAAUCGAUCUGUCGCUUGUCCUGAAACAAAACCAAACCAUGCCUGGAGCAAAGGUUGGUACAGCAUUAUCACAUGAUUGAAAUGGCACAGCAGCUGUGAAACUUGGACUCCUGAAAUGCACAGAAUGUCUAUUGUCUUGGUCUUUGAAAGGGUAUUUUUGUUUUUCAGUUGGAUGUUGAUGGACAGAUUAGUACAAUGAUCAUGCUGCUAUCUCCAAGGCAAGUUCACCUACUCCUGGACAUGUUUGGAGUUUUUUCAGGCUCAGGUGGGUUUAAUGAUUGCAAUUUAAUGAUGAUAUCUUAAAAGGAGCUGCCUCAGAGGUUGGUGAGUGAAAUACUAUAAGCCUCUGCUUUUGUGUCUGAAGGUGGGCCGGAGUGGGGGAAGGACAAGAGGAACCGGCCCAUGCAGCAGGAGGAUGAGCAUCGGCUCCACAUGGAGCUAAACCGCUGCCUGAAGAAGGACUCAAUGAUGGCCGGAGAAGAUCCUGACCUUUUCGAGAGCCAGACCACCAGAACUGUGUCCAGCCGAGGUUCAGAUGAAUUGUUACCUCCACCCACUAUGUUUAAUAACCUGAUGACUUGUAUUGAGCUUUUUGUUAGUUAUUGUAGGCUUCUAUCUGAAUAUCAUGAACAAUUGUUUGAUCUAGUUUCUUUGUUGUUGGAGCAGAGGAUGUGUUCUUCUCCAUGGCUGACAUGGACAUGUCUCACAGCCUGUCGUCCCUCCCCCCACUGGGGGAACCGCCCACUGUGGACCUGGACCUGUCACUCAACAGUAACUACUCCCCCUCCCCAGGAGAGUCACCCUCUGGCAAUGCCACGGUAUGUCUCACUAGACUUAGUAAAAGCAUCUUAACCUGACCUAAUGACAUGGUUAUUGUAACAUAGUGUCAUUUUUGUUCCUUUGUCCUCUAAGAACCUUUGGGACGAUUACCUGGAUGUGCCCAGACAGAGGGAGAAGCAGACCCAGGAAAGCCCUUUCCUGAUGCGGGACUCACCACUCCAACACAAGCUGCUGAGACAGACCUGUAAGAACCAGGAUACACUGUCACUACCGUUUAGAAUAAACUGAGCAGAGUGUUUACAAGUCAGUAAUUCACUAAUUUUGUCCUGUGUUUCUCAGCCCACCCAAGCAAAGCCCAUGGUGAUGAGUCCAGGCCGGAGCUGGUCUUCAGGCUUACUCUGGGGAGCCUGGCUGUGUGUGUUCUCCACAUCGACCCCCUGCCCCCGCCAGACGCUGCCCCCAGCCCCCUGGCCCCCAUGGCUGCUGACUUCUUCAGGGUUGCCUGCUCCGACCAGCUCCCCCCAGCAGGGUUCAUCCAGUUACGCACAGCGUUUGACGAUGCCUGCCCCCAUGACCACCUCAGGUGAUCUUAUUGACAUUGUCUGCUAAUAUUUUUCACUCCCCUGACACAUUUGUAACCUGACUGACUCAAUCCCAUGUCAUAUGUGUCCUCUAUCUCUCCAGGUUUGUGGCUCAGGGGAUGAAGGUGACAUAUGAGCAUUGUCAGGGCUCUAGCCUGCACAGCUUCAGCACAGACGUGUCCCUGGGCCAAAUGGAGCUGCUGGAGUGUCUCUUCCCCUCUGAGGCCCAAAGCGGUGUGUCCCUGAGAGGGGUCCAGUACACAGAGGUAAAGGCCUCCCCACCAACAACAUCCACAGAGUCCCAGUAAUCAGAUUACAACACAUGGGCAUAACAGAUAUCAUAACAGCAUGACAGAUGUUCAAAUCUAUUUUUGGAUCUAGGCAUACAUGGCAUGUGCUUGUAGAGAUGUUGAUGUUCUCUCUGUCUGUCCCACCUCAGCUCCUGACAUUUGAUACCCCUGUCACCACUGAGGCACCAUCUGCCACCUGCCUCCACCUGCUCUACAAACUGUCUGAACGCAGAGGGCCGCAGGUAAGAGCAAUUUUAGUGAGAUUAAAAGGUGCAGUGAAUGCACCGUAAUUCGUUUCCCAGUUCCGCUACCCAACUUGCGAUAGCCUCAAGUAACUCAGACUUAAUUCUGCAUCAAUGUCAAAGGGAGAAUUGUGUAGAUCUCACGUUAGGAUUUGGCCCACAAUGUACAGUACGUAGCAAAUCCUGUACAGUGCCUGAUACAGUACCCCCUUACAUGCUUUCCUCCAGGGUGGACAGGUGCGUCUGAGCACCAUGCCCAGGAAGGCUGACUUCCAGGUGGAGCUGGGGGCAGUCCGCUCUGAACUGGACAUCAGCAUCGUGGACCGCCUCAACUCUCUGCUACAGCCACAGAAACUGGUCACCACGGAGAUGAUGGCCUCUCACAUGUACACAUCCUAUAAUAAACACAUCAGCUUGGUGAGGACCGUAUUAAUACCAUCUUUACAGUCAUAGCAGCGAUUUUACCAUGUGUACAAUUUUGUACAACAAUUUACCAUGUGUUUAAGGAAGCUGCCUAUUAUUGCAAUAACUAUGAAAAAGUAAAUCACCUCAAAUGUUUCCGUCCACCCCAUAGCACAAGGCCUUUACAGAGGUCUUCCUUGAUGACAGCCGUACUCCAGCCAACACCCACGUGUCGAUAAGAGUCAACGCUCCUGUGUUGAGCCUGGUGGUGCGCUUCCCCAUCCCAGACCUGCGCUCGGACCAGGAGAGGGGCCCCUGGUUUAAGAAGUCCCUGCAGAAGGAGGUUCUGUACCUGGAGCUGGAGGACCUGGAGGUCAAGACAGAGUUCACUGGCGGAAGCUCCCCAGAGCAGACCAAGAUGGAGCUCACCUUCAGGGAGCUAGUUGGUAUGUAUGUCACCCAGCUGCUAACGGACAGCGUAGCCUCAAAACCAGAACCACUUUUGAUACAUAUCAUUUAUGUAUUCAUUUUUCAUCCAUUCGCACAGGAAAGUUCCAGGAAGAGGACCGGCCUGCAGCCAGGUUCCUCAGGGUCUCCCACACCAUGGAUGGAGACAUGACUACCUCUGACAGCGGGAAGUUUGACUGGCCCAGGUACUGUAUACCUGUCCAUGUAGUACUGUACUGCUUCAUGUCAUACCUAUACCUUGUCCCUUAGAUGUUACUAACCCUCCCCUGCCCCUCCAGAGUGGUGCUGAAAGUCAACCCCACCGCUGUCCACUCCAUCCUGGAGCGUGUGACUGCUGAGGAGGACGAGGGGGCUGAAGGCCACUCCCCAGAGGAGGAAGAGGAGGAGGGGGGAGGUUCCCACUCACUGAAGGAUGUCUGUGAUUUUGGGAAGCCUGAACCCUCCCCCUUCUCCUCACGCCGGGUCAUGUAUGAGAAUGAGGAGGUAGGAACACAUCAUUAUUGAAAUACUAAUUUGAACAUAACUAGGACUGAUUGAUAAACGUUUAGUUAGGACUGGAAAUUAAGGCAACUUGAAUGAUUGACAUUUCUUCCCCUCUCCUUUAGAUGGUCAUUCCUGGUGAUGUGGCUGAAAUGACCGAGUUCCAGGAGAAAACCAUGAGCAAUUCCCGCUUUAUCCUAGAGUUGUGCUUGCCAAAUGUGCAAUUAUCAUUACCCAACAAGGCCUUUUAUGAGAAACUGCAUAACAGGUACUGUGCACAAAAAACUGGGGAAACUAAUCAAAUGUUCUAGGAAUGUGAAAACUAUAGUAUCACAAUCAAUCACUAUAACUACUACAGCUUCUACCACAACUAUUCCUUUGACUAUUUACUAUUAAUUAUUAUUAUGAUCAUUUUACUAUGUCUCUAAUCAAUUUUACUAUGUCUCUUCUUGCAGGAUAAACAAUGACCUGCUGUUAUGGGAGCCCAACGCUCCCUCGCCGGUGGAGACAGUGGAGAACAUGCCGUAUGGAGUAGGGCUCUCUGUAGCAAGCCAGCUGAUCAACGCUGCACACUACACCAAGGACAGCUUCAGCACGUUCCGCUCCACUGGCACUGAGGGUGAGACCUCUCCCCACGUAGUUACAUAGUUCAACCAACAUCUGCUACAUCUCAACCUCAUUCAUGGUUUUCAUACGCUGCUGUAAGUCUGUAGUGCACUCUGUUCGUGUGCAUUAAUAUGAGAUGUACGAAUUUACCAGGUAAAAAAGUACUGAAAUGUAAUGGAAAUUUUUUUAUUCCGUCAUAUCAAAUGAACUUGCCUACUCCUAUGGCUGUGGUGUCCUGUGCUUGUAGAGGAGGACAGUGGCUCGGAGGAGGAGACCAUGUACUACUACUCCCCUGCCUCUGAGCAGUGCUUCAGAUCUCGCAGGAAGAAGAAGCCCAAGGCCCAGAGCAAGACCUCCCAGAGCCUGUUCUCUGUCAUUCUCACUGUCAACCACGGCCUGGUUGCCCUGCAGACCAGCGCUAAGGUAACCCUGAGUUACAGUCACAAUUAUCUGUCAUUUCUCAAUUACAUUGCAUUUAAACAGCUGGGUAUUUGCUGAGACUUUGGCUGACUGGUCCCCCAAAUUUGUUUUUCUUUCCAGCAGGAGGAUAAGACUAUUUUGAAUAACCGACAUGGAGAGUUCUGGUUGGAGGUGAAGAAUGGGGUCCUGUUCAGUGUUACACAGUACGAAGGCUACAAAGACCAGCACUACAUCUGCUUCCACACCAGUAACAUCUGUCUCUAUCACCAAGGUAAGACUGGAGACAUUAAGCCUGGUCACAAAUUCGAGGUGGAGCUUCAUAGAUCCCCCUCUCCAAAUGAGUAAAUAUGCCAUUGUUCAUGGUGAUGCCACUGUGUCUGUUACAUUGUAUGGGUUUAUAUCUCUACCUAGGUCUGGUGGAGGGAGACACCCCAGUGUCCGACAUCAAGCUGCCCUGCAGGACGCGUCCUCAUUGGCUGGAGCCGGCCAUCUACCCCUCUGAGACUGAUAGGGCGUCCCCUUCGGAGGGCAUCGGCCUGGAGGCCCACAGCAUGCUGUCUGUCGCCGUCAAGAUCUCCUCCCAAAACAUGGAGCGCAAUGUCAAGGUAGGUACAACCCAUUUACGUUUCUAUUAGUGGUGUGCAUGGACUUGUGCCAGGAUUUCAAACACUAGUCUGUUGCUUGAGAAAGAAAAGCCAUGUAAUUUUGGACAGACGGGGAGAUAUGUGCUCACUGUUAGUAUGUGUUUCCUCUGCAGGAGUUCCUGGUUGCAGUAGGAGUGAGAGGGACCACACUCCAGCACCGAGUGGUUCCCCCCAAACUGGGCUGGUAUGACCAGGUAAACUCAACACCUGUCCAUCCAAGGUGUUUGUGUACAGUUUGAAGCAUCCCUUGGAUCCGAUUAACCAUACUCCUGUCUGAUCAGUGUUUCUUUGUUGUGUGUAACAGAUUGUGGACUUCCUGAAUGUGUCUGAUGAGCCUGUGUUGGGUUACACCCCCCCUGCCUCAGUCACCACCAUUCAUCUCCACCUGUGGAGCUGCUCACUGGACUACAGGUGCUGUUGACUAGACCAGUGUUUCCCAACUCCCUUCCUCGAGUAUCCCCAAAGCACACAUUUUUGUUGUUGCCCCGGCCAAACAUACCUCAUUCAACUCAUUUAGGGCUUGAUGAUUAGUUGGGAAGUUGAAUCAGGUGUGCUUGUCCAGGGCUACAAUAAAAACGUGUACUGUUGGGGGUACUGGAGGACUGGAGUUGGGUAACACUGGACUAGAUUACAGUGUAGAUACGUCAUGUUUAUAACCUAACUCAGCUGUGUAUCUGAAUGAUCAGCGUUUGUAUUUUAACAUGGUGUAUAUCCUCUCUGCAGACCCCUGUACCUGCCACUCAGGUCUCUGUUGGUAGUGGAGACAUUCAGCAUCUCCAGCAGUGUCUCCUUAGACCACUCAUCCUCCACACUCAGGUACAGUUGCAGCACUGGAAAUGUCAUUGACAGAAAAUCAGAAAUAACAUGUCAUUGGACGUUUCUGUAUUUCAGUAUGUAUUUUGUGAUGGUUCUAGGAUCAUUUUGGAUGAAGCAGCUUUGUUCCUCUCUGACAAGAGCAAUGCCGUCUCUGUAAAUCUAAUGCGAGGUGAGACAAACUCUGGUAAAAUGUAUAUGUUAUUCAAAGAUGCUUUAACAUGCAGUCUGUUUAAACAGAUUUGAUUGGCCAGUAACCCAUGUGCUUUAUCUCCCAGACUAUGUGCAGGUGGUAGACAUGGGAACAUUAGAGCUGAGGAUCACUGCUGUCAAACCUGGAGUGGACGGAGAAUUGGUAAGAGCUGACAACCUCUGAUGAUAAAUGAGAAACAUCUUUCCAACAACAAGUCUUCUCACUGUGUCUUUUCACAGACUGAGCCCAGAUUUGAGCUGCGCUGCUCCAGUGAUGUCAUCCACAUCAGAACGUGUUCAGACUCCUGUGCUGCUCUGAUGAACCUCAUCCAGUAUGUGGCCAGCUAUGGAGACUUAGUGCCCCCCCUGUGGGCCGGAGGCCAAAAGCACCUGUUCCAAGAAUAGAGCCAAGGUCAGCAUUUAUACUCCUCAGAUUUCUGUAUGAUUUAUCAUAGCCAUUACGCUAUGUUUUUCUGUAAUAUUCUAUGUACACGCUGCUAUUUCCUUGUUUUGCCUUCUUGCCAGGUUGCCCUCGCAAAAUAGGUUUUUAACCUAAAUGGGUCUUACCUGGUUAAAUAAAGGUUAAAUAAAAUAAAAAUAUCAAACUGUUGCAUUGAGAGUGAGGAGCAGUGACUGGGCAGUGGAGAAUUUGUUGUAUCUGUAAGUUGUGAGGCACAUUUAUGACACAACAUAGCCAUUACAAUGACAGUAUAUCAAACUCUUGCCUUGAGAGAGUAGACCAGUCUGGAUGGUGUAGAAUUUAUACUGGUGUAAAUAUUGUAGUGAGGCUAUGGUCUUGUCCUUGUAUGUUUGGCCAGUCGGAGGCUCCAAGCCGGCCCCCUUCCCAGGCUCCUCCGCUCCCCGAGGCUGAGCAGCAGAUGCUGCAGGACCUGAUGAGUGAGGCCAUGGAGGAGACAGACAGCCAGCACGGCCUGGCCUUGCAACACAACGGUGAGACUACAUAUAACUAAAACGACUUGACAUUUACUACAUGCAUAGUAGUUAUCUGAGUGAUUUGAUGUUGUCCUUACUCUCCCCUACAGGAAUCCAUGAGGAGCAGAAUCAAGACCUCGACCAGCCUCGCUCUGACCUCUUCCUUUUCCCAGACGAGAGCGGAAAUCUGCCACAGGAGCUGAGUCCCACUUACCCUACCCUCCACUCACCCCUCAUCACCCCUGCUCCUAGCCUGGUCCUAGAGACUGACGACUUCUGUAUUCUAGAGACCCCGGGCUCCAGAGCAGACGUAAGAGCAUGCAUCUCAUACAGUUACUUACUCAGCAUGUUGAAUAACUUGUACGUGUUUAGUCUCAGUCCAUUGCAUUGGUGUGAUGGGUGUGUUUGUCUCAGGAUCGGGACGAGGAGCCUGUGGUGAAUAAGUUGAUCCCAGACUCCAUUGAGAUCAAAGACGACCACUUUGGCCAGCCCCUGGACAGCAGCGACUCCAGCAGGGGUGCCCUGAACUUCCCUGUCCCCGAGGUGCGCUACCUCAUCAGGGAGAUCUCUGUCAUCUGGCACCUCUACGGGGGGAAGGACUUUGGGAGUGCGACAUUCACCUGCUCUCCAGCUAGAAGUUGGGGGUGAGUGUGUGUGUGUGUGCGCUUUGGACUGUUCAACUGUUCUUUAUUACAACAACAAUACUGGGAGAUGGGAUUGAACUGAGGCUGUGUCAAAUGUCAGGAUGGAUAGAGAAAGAAACGGAUGUAGAGUAAUGGUCAAAAGGUGCAAUAGAUGAUCAAGUGUCCUCUGUUUUGAUGAUGUUGAAGGUGUACCCCACACAGCUCCCCCUCCCAGACCCCAGUCAGACAGGGCAGGGGUGGAGGACGGGCCGGAGGAGGGCGGGGCAGGAACCCUGACAUCCUGAUGGAGAUCCAGCUCAGCAAGGUAAGAGGACAUGACACAACCGCCCCUCUCCUGUAACAAUACAACAUGUUGCCUAGGAGUCCGAAGCUAAAGUUUAGGACCUCUUGCUCUUUUCCCAGGUGCGGUUCCAACAUGAGGUGUACCCCCAGGCCUCAGUGGCCUCUUGUUCGGUGGCGGACCAGCCUGUGUCCCGGCAGGUGUUCAUUGUCCAGGACCUGGAGAUCAGAGACAGACUGGCCACCUCCCAGAUGAACAAGUUCUUGUACCUCUACUCCAGCAAGGAGAUGCCCCGCACGGCCCACUCCAACAUGGUGAGGGACACUGUGCAUCUAGAGUAGUGUCCAUGUGAUUGUGGUCACAUCAAAGACAUGGUAGUGGUUAAGCCAUGUUAAUGCUGAAUAUGUUUUUGUUUUCUUGCAGCUGACAGUUCGGGCUCUGCACAUGUGUCCAGAGACCGGUCAAGCACCCCAGGAAUGCUCUCUGCGAGUCUCACUCAUGCCCCUUCGCCUCAACAUCGAUCAGGUGAGCCAGAGAAAAACUUGCUUGUUUUAUCCAGUUAAUCAUACAUCCUUCUGAGGUUUGCAAAAGAUUUCAAGCCAUGGAAAUGGGAGGCUUUCACAUACUCUCAUUUAACACGUUUUCAGUUAUACUAUUGAUCCCUUUGAAAUGACACAGGCUUUUUAUUUUCAUGUAGGAUGCAUUAUUUUUCUUGAAAGACUUCUUUGCUAGCCUUGCUGCUGAAGUUGAGAUGUUCUCUCCACCUGAUCAAGAAGGUAAAAUAUCCUUGGCUAGUAUUGUAUGAGCAAUAAAGCCUACUGAAUAGCAUUUAUUCACAGCUUAUUUCAUGAUUUGUCGCUGAGCAAAAUGUUGACCCUCAAUGAUGCAUUUGUUGGUCUGCAGCACUGUGUGUUUCAAUGAAGAAGCCGUCUGCCCCAGAUGUCUCGUGCAGCUUCACUAAGAAUGGAAGUGGGAGCCAGGACCCUGCCCCUAUCAUCUCUGUGCCUGCCCACAGCCGCUCCAGCCUCAGCCUCAACGGCCUCACCCUGCCCAGUAACAGCGACUCUGGGGAAGCUGAGGCUGCUACUGUAUUUUCCUUCAAUGACCAGCCCAUCUUCUUCAGGUAGGUGUCCUUACUAUGUGUAUAGGUGGACAAGUACACUAUAUAUACAAAGGUAUGUGGACACCCCUUCAAAUGAGUGGAUUCUGCGAUUUCAGCCACAUCCGUUGCUGACAGGUGUAUAAAAUCGAGCACACAGCCAUGCAAUCUCCACAGACAAACAUUGGCAGUAGAAUGGCCUUACUGAAGAGCUCAGUGACUUUCAACGUGGCACCACCGUCAUAGGAUGCCACCUUAACAACAAGUCAGUUAGUCAAAUUUCUGCCCAGCUAGAGCUGCCUCGGUCAACUGUAAGUGCUGUUAUUGUGAAGUGGAAACAUCUAGGAGCAACAACUGCUCAGCCGCGAAGUGGUAGGCCACACAAGCUCACAGAACGGGACCGCCGAGUGCUGUAGUGCGUAUAAAUUGUCUGUCCUCGGUUUCAACACUCACUACCGAGUUCCAAACAGCCUCUGGAAGCAACGUCAGCGCAAUAACUGUUCGUCGGGAGCUUCAUGAAAUGGGUUUCCAUGGCCAAGCAGCCACACACGAGCCUAAAAUCACCAUGCGCAAUACCAAGCGUCGGCUGGAGUGGUGUAAAGCUCGCCGCCAUUGGACUCUGGAGCAGUGGAAACGCAUUCUCUGGAGUGAUGAAUCACGCUUAACCAUCUGGCAGUCCGAUGGACAAAUCUGGGUUUGGCGGAUGCCAGGAGAACGCUACCUGCCCCAAUGCAUAGUGCAAACUGUAAAGUUUGGUGGAGGAGGAAUAAUGGUCUGAGGCUGUUUUUCAUGGUUCGGGCUAGGCCCUUUAGUUCCAGUGAAGGGAAAUCUUAACGCUACAGAACACAAUGACAUUCUAGACUAUUCUGUGCUUCCAAAUUUGUGGCAACAGUUUGGAGAAAGCCCUUUCCUGUUUCAGCAUGACAAUGCCCCCGUGCACAAAGCAAGGUCCAUAAAGAAAUGGUUUGUCGAGAUUGGUGUGGAAGAACUUGCCUGGCCUGCACAGAGCCCUGACCUCAACCCCAUCAAACACCUUUGGAAUUAAUUGGAACGCCGACUGUGAACCAGGCCUAAUCGCCCAACAUCAGUGACCGACCUCACUAAUACUCUUGUGGCUGAAUGGAAGCAAGUCCCCGCAGCGAUGUUCCAACAUCUAGUGGAAAGCCUUCCCAGAAGAGUGGAGGCUAUAGCAGCAAAGAGGGGACCAGCUCCAUAUUAAUGCCCAUGAUUUUGGAAUAAGACGAGCAGGUGUCCAUAUACUUUUGGUUAUGUAGUGUACCUGAUGUCAUUUGGGUUAAGCCAAAACUUAUCUUCAACUUACCAUGUGUUCUACUACACACAUCAUUGUGUUUAUGGAUUUUGUUAGCAAAUUAUGAAAUAUUUGUUUGAUUUCCCUCAGAGAGUUUCGGUUUACCUCUGAAGUUCCCAUUCGUCUGGAUUACCAUGGGAAACAUGUUUCAAUGGAGCAGGUAUGUUUUAGCAAUAUCUUACAAACACUGCAUACUAACACUUUCAGUUUUGUGUUCAGUGAUUCCAGUGUUGACAGGCUUGACAAAUGGUGUUGUUCGGCCAACAUAUUGUGCAAUAUGUUGGUUCACAAGCUCUGAUGGACCGUAUUCAAAUGGAUAAGCACAUUCCAUAUAAGUAGAACAUUUCUUACCCUCACAGUAGCACAUUUUGCUCAUGUUUCCUGCGCUGCUCCUCUGUUUCAGGGAACGUUUGCUGGUAUUGUGAUUGGGUUGACACAGCUGAAUUGCUCAGAGCUGAAACUAAGGCGAUUAUGCUACAGACAAGGGUAGGUUUAAUCAGUACAGUCCCCUCCUAUUAGUAUGAUUCGUUAUGAUUGGACCUACCAACACUUAAUUGGGUCAUUUGUUAUGUUAAAUGAUGACACACAAGCUAUUUAUGUAUAGUAUGAAUAAUACAGUAUGCAGUAACCAUGAGGACAUUCUUGAUUUUCUUCCAGACUGUUGGGUGUGGAUAAGCUCUUUUCCUAUGCAAUAAAUGAGUGGCUGAAUGACAUCAAGAAGAACCAGCUGCCAGGACUGUUGGGUGGAGUGGGACCUAUCCACUCCCUGGUACAGUUGGGUAAGUAGGACAUGUAUAAGUUGAUAAACUGGUGUUGAGGCACUAAUGUCUUUACCUAUUUAUCAGACAGCAUGUUGCAUGUGGUUUAAUUUGGAAGGGCUUUCUUGAAUGAUUAACUGGAUCUUUGUAAGAAGAUUCUGUCUAAGCCUCUCAGCACCACACAAGAUACAAUGACAAAGAUCAUGCUUUUGGCCGAUUGCGCCACACUGGAAAUUAGUCUGUAAGCUUUUGGAUCAACAUAAAGAUACUAUUGUUAUACUUACACUGAAUAAAAAUAUAUAUGCAACAUGUAAAGUGUUGAUCCCAUGUUUCAUGAGGUGAAAUAGAAGAUCCCAGAAAUGUUCCAUACGAACUAAAAGUUUAUUUCUCUCAAAUUUGGUGCACAAAUUUGUUUACAUACCUGUUAGUGAGCAUUUCUCCUUUGCCAAGAUAAUCCAUUCACCUGACAGGUGUGUCAUAUCAAGAAGCUGAUUAAACAGCAUGAUCAUUACACAGGUGCACCUUGUGUUGGGGACAAUAAAGGGCCACUCUUAAAUGUGCAGUUUUGUCACAACACAAUGCCACAGAUGACUCAAGUUUGAGGGAGCGUGCAUUUGGCAUGCUGACUGCAGGAAUGUCCACCAGAGCUGUUGCCAGAGAAUUGAAUGUUCAUAUCUUUACCUUAAGCCACCUCCAACGUCGUUUUAGAGAAUUUGGCAGUACGUCAAGCCGGCCUCACAACCGCAGACCACGUGUAUGGCGUUGUGUGGGUGAGCGGUUUGCUGAUGUCAACAUUGUGAACAGAGUGCCCCAUGGGGGCGGUGGGGUUAUGGUAUGGGCAGGCAUUUGUUACGGACAAUGAACACAAUUGCAUUUUAUAGAUUUUUGUCGUGCCAUUUAUCCGCGGCCAUCACCUCAUGUUUCAUUAUGAUAAUGCAUUGCCCCAUGUCGCAAGGAUCUGUACACAAUUCCUGUAAGCUGAAAAUGUCCCAGUUCUUCCAUGGCCUGCAUACUCACCAGACAUGUCACCCAUUGAGCAUGUUUGGGAUGCUCUGGAUAGACGUGUACGACAGCGUGUUCUAGUUCCCACCAAUAUCCAACAACUUCGCACAGCCAUUGAAGAGGAGUGGAACAACAUUCCACAGGCCACAAUCAACAGCCUGAUCAACUCUAUGUGAAGGAGAUAUGUCGCGCUGCAUGAGGCAAAUGGUGGUCACACCAGAUACUGACUGGUUUUCUGAUCCACUACCUUUUUUUUUUUUUAAGGUACAGUAUCUGUGACCAACAGAUGCAUAUCUGUAUUACCAGUCAUGUGAAAUCCGUAGAUUAGGGCCUAAUGAAUUCAUUUCAAUUGACUGAUUUCCGUAUAUGAACUGUGACUCUUGAACUGUAAAAUGUUUUUAAAUGUUGCGUUUAUGUAUUUUAGGGUAUUUUAUUGUGUAGAUGUAUUAAUAAACUAAACUAAAAUCAGAAAUCCUGAUCUAAUCAGCCUUUUUUGUAAAUAAUAACAAAAUGUUCCUCCUGUGUUCAUGUUCAGUCCAGGGAUUUAGGGAUCUGGUGUGGCUCCCGAUAGAGCAGUACCGGAAGGAUGGUCGGGUUGUACGUGGAUUGCAGCGGGGUACUGCCUCCUUUGGAACCUCCACAGCUAUGGCUGCUCUAGAGCUUACCAACCGCAUGGUGCGGACUAUCCAGGUAAAAAAAACACCCCAGUCCAGAUAGAAAUAUUCAAAUGUAGGUUGUAACUGUCUUGCAUCUGAACUUCUGUGUUACCAGUGUGUCGGGCUCCAUAAUAUAACGCAAAACUAUUUGUUUUAUUUGUGCUCUUCAGGCAGCAGCAGAGACUGCCUAUGACAUGGUAUCUCCAGGAUCCGAUGAGAGGGAAACGAAGAGAAUAAAACGCUUCUCUCAUUACCGAUUUGCUCAUCAGCCAGUUGAUCUAAGAGAAGGAGUAGCCAAUGCUUACAGUGUUGUAAAAGAGGUAAAUUGCAAGAUGCUAGCAAUUUGCAUCUCAUCUGCUUGUAGUGCUGCUUAAAGUGUAACACACUACAAGAUUGAAUACAGGAUGAAGUUACCUAUUAGGACUAUUAUAAAUCAUGUUCAAUGUGUGUGUCCCCACAGGGAAUCACGGACACUGCUCUGACCAUCUAUGACACGGCCACGCGGGAGCACGAGCAGCGUGGGAUGACCGGGGCAGUGGGUGGGGUCCUUAGACAGCUCCCCCCAGCUGUGGUCAAGCCUCUCAUCAUGGCCACCGAGGCCACCUCCAACGUACUGGGGGGCAUGAGGAACCAGAUUCACCCAGACGCACGCCAGGAGGAAUCCCAGAAAUGGCGGCAAGGGGAGGAGUGAUGGCCGACUGCUGUCCAAUGACUGAACAGAUGAUUGUGCGAAAUCCGAGGGCAGUAUAUUUUGUUUCGAAGAAGACACUCUCUCUCAGCUGUUGCAAGGCCCAUUGAGUCUUACAAGCUGGAAGGAAGCUCUGCAGAUUUAACUUUCUGAUGCAAAA